UGGGAGGAUGUGCUCCUGAACGCUGGCGGAAAAUAGCCGCAGACACCGGCCGGGUCCGCGGCAGGCGUUCAAGCUCCUGUUGUCGACUGCGGGGCAGGAUUUGUCCGCCUGAUUUGUGCGUACCGGCCCUCCCUCAAUGUCAGGCCCAUCCCCCAGUUCUUCCAGUUGGCAGCGCACGUCACCCUCAAGGUGGAGCCUUCCAGGCCGAUGGAUAUCGCAGUUUUCACUGAUUUGUCGGUCCACAUGAACCUGCCGCUCCUCACCGUGUGCCGGAACGUGUACUGCGAUGGCAUCUACGACUUGUGCCACAUAGGGCAUAAGAACCUUUUCCGGGAGGCCCUCAAGCUCGGCAACCGCCUCUUCGUCGGCGUCGUCGGCGACACCGACGCCAACGCCUACAAGCGGCCCCCGGUGAUGUCCGCGGCGGAGCGCGAGGCGGAGGUAGGCAACUGCAAGUGCGUGACGAAGGUCAUCCCGAACGCGCCCUGCUUCGGGCUGACCGAGGAGUUCAUACGGCAGCACCGCAUACACAGGGUCGCCUUUGGCCAAGAGUACCUCGAGAGGUUUCCGAACCCCGACGACGAUCCGUACUACAAGGUGCCGCGCAAGAUGGGGAUUGCGAUCCCGAUGCCGCGCACGGAGGGCUUCUCGACGUCUGAGCUGAUCGCGCGCAUCCAGAGCAGGGGAAAGGACGUGAAGAAGUCCCCCACGUGACUCCGCGCUGGCACACACCCGGCCAUGGCCUGGACUGAGAGGUGGCUCCCGUCCGGCGCCGAGCGCAUGCGGUCAGCAUGCACCCCCAAGAUUUUCUCUUCCAGGGCUCCGCCCUGUACCAACGACCUCCCCUGCGUCCUACCCAUAGGGACCUCGUCUUAGGGACCUCCAGCUCCAUGUCCUUCCUCGUAGGCUGCAGAUGCCACGCUCGGCGUGCUGAGCGGCAUGCACGUUUGAGCGCCAGGUUUUGUUCAAGCGGCGCGCUUGUUCUUUCAUCUGGCUCCGCAGGGAGACCAGGUGCUGUUCCUUGCGCUCCUGGUCGGAGUGCCCAAUCUGGGACCGCCGUGCGCCACGAGUGCCGACGCAGGCUGGGCAGGGGGCCCGCAGCAGCUGGACGCCGCAGCCCGCCCGUCUCCCCCCCGCGUGAGCCCCGGCGCCCGUGCGCCCGUGCGGGCAGGCCAUGAUGCCGCCCCUUCCCCGGCGAGCGCUGCGCCCCCCGCCCCCGCCGGAGAGCUCGGGCGGGAGCCUGCUCCCCGCACGCAGAGCUCGAAGGGAUCGCCCAGGCAGCGCGUCCUGUGGAGGAGACUCCACCUGCUCGAAGCGGGCGCCCGGACGGCGAAGGUCCACUCCAGGGUAGGGAGGGGGCGGCGCGC